GCUUUUUACCGCCCGCCCAGGCCACCCGGGCCGAAGCGGCGGCGGCGGCGGCGGCGGCGGGCAUGGCAGAGGCGCAAUCAGGGCCGGUGGCGGGGCUGCAGCUGAACGCGCUGCCAGACGACUCGCCGCUGCUGCAGCCGGGCCUGACCGAACUGCGGCGCCGGGCAGAGGCGCCGGGCGCUCCGCUCUCGCCGCUGCCUCUCACCGACUCCUUUCUGCUGCGCUUCCUGCGUGCCCGGGACUUCGACCUCGACCUGGCUUGGCGGUUACUAAAAAACUAUUAUAAGUGGCGAGAAGAAUGCCCAGAAAUAAGUGCAGAUCUACACCCUAGAAGUGUCCUUGGCCUUCUGGAGGCUGGCUACCUCGGAGUCCUGAGAGCCAGGGACCCCACCGGCAGCAAAGUUCUAAUUUACAGAAUUGCACACUGGGACCCCAAAGUUUUUACAGCUUAUGAUGUAUUUCGUUUAAGUCUUAUCACAUCCGAGCUUAUUGUACAGGAGGUAGAAACCCAACGGAAUGGUAUCAAGGUUGUCUUUGAUCUGGAAGGCUGGCAUUUUUCUCAUGCUUUUCAAAUCACCCCAUCUGUAGCCAAGAAGAUCGCUGCUGUUCUUACAGAUUCCUUUCCAUUAAAAGUUCGUGGUAUCCAUUUGAUAAAUGAGCCAAUAAUUUUCCAUGCUGUCUUUUCUAUGGUUAAGCCAUUCCUGACUGAAAAAAUUAAGGAACGGAUUCAUAUGCAUGGGAUCAAUUACAAACAAAGCUUACUUCAGCAUUUCCCAGACAUUCUUCCUCUGGAAUAUGGUGGUGAAGAAUUCUCCAUGGAGGACAUUUGUCAGGAGUGGAGAAAUUUUAUAAUGAAGUCUGAAAAUUAUCUCAGCAGUAUUUCACAGACCAUUCAUUAAUAGAAGUUAUGUAAUGUGAAUGGCUUCCUAAUUAAAAAUACAUGAAUGAGAUUCUACCUCUUUACAUGAAUGAAAGAAGAAAAAAAUCUUUUUAACUAAUAAUUGCUUGUCUGAUUGAUCUUUUAUAAAAAUCUUCUCACAUGAGCAGUGUGGGUAUUUAGGAAACGUCUUUACUUUUUAAAUGCAUUUUCUUUACCUUUUAAGUAAUGAAAUGUUCGUAUACUUAAAAGCAUAGAAGAGAUUUCCUGAUUUUUACACUUGAAAGUUCUCUCUAAAGUAGCUGUUCAUUGUGCCUUUGUAUGUUUCUGAAGUUUCAUUUUAGAUGAGUUCUCUGAGUACCUUGUUUUAAAAACAAAUGUAUAAAGAGUCCACUGAAAAGAAUUAUUAGCACAAAUCAACUGAUGUUAAAAAUCUAUUAACCCUCAUUCUGGGGUGGGUAUCAGAUUAAAAUCUGAAUAUAGUUUUACAGAGUUAUUUCUGUGGGCCAGUAAUUUAGUUCAUCUCAGGGAAAUUCUAUAUAGCAUAUUUGCACAAUAGAAACUCUUAAUUGAAGAGUCUAUAUAUUGUAAGUUAUUGUAUAUCGCAUCUAUAGGCCUCUAAGAAAUUAACUCAUGUUGAUACAAUUGAUGACCAAAAAUAAUUUAGGAAAUAUUUCACACAGAGUUAAUGGUUUCUUUAUGCUGUGUCUACAUUCUCAAACAAAUCAAGAAUGAACUUUGACUUCAGUUUUUGGUUAUUCUUAUCAUGACUACAUGGAGAUUUAGAGAUGGAAUAACAUUUAGUUGUUGGAUACAUGGACUCUAUU